AUGUCACUAGCUUGGUACGACAACGCCAUCGCACCGGAUGGAGGCUUCGAAGAUGGAUGCCUCCCCGAGGAAGCUCAAGCCUUGAAGGAAUACCUCGACAACACUAUCGAGAUGGAGCAAGCUGCGUGCUUGAUCACAAAACCUACCGAAUCGUGUCAAGAUCCAGGGGCUGACCUUCCCAAUCUAUGGGGUCUCUUGCAGGAUGCCUUGAUCGAAAUACCAGACUCGCAACAAAAAAUUGUUCAUUUACUCAAGAGUAUGCGAGAGCUACCGACCUUUUAUCCUGAUUCGCUUGGCAAAACGCGUAGCGAUCCGCUCGAAAGUCCCCCCAGCGUCCUCUGGCAUGAUCUUCCUUCUUUUGCAAAUCAAUGGUAUGACACCAAUUGGUGGUACUAUCAAAACCAAUGGCGAGACAAUCCGAACAUCUUCAAGUCGUCGGGAAAAGUCGCUUAA